AUGACGGGCGCCCAGCGAGCCAAAUUAUGGCGCCAGCCCGAAGCAGCAGCAGGUGCUCUCUACACUCGCCUCGCAUCGAAGCGGAACUUCGCACGAGUAUUCAUCACACUGGCAUUUUGCGCCAUCUUCUACAACUUCUACUCAUCGUCCGAGCUACGGAAGAGCCUCAACGACAGACUGCAGCAGACAAUGUCUGCGAGCCCAAGUAUUCAGGUUGUGGAGCAGACGGAGCCGAAUAUGCCGAUCUGCUCGAACGAGCCGACUCUUGAGAGCAAUAACGGGACGGAGAAGGCGACGCUGGUGAUGUUGGUACGUAAUAGGGAGAUAAGGGAGGCGUUGAGUAGUAUGAGGAGUGUGGAGGAUCGGUUCAAUCGGAAGUUCCACUAUCCGUGGACUUUCUUGAACGAUAAGCCGUUUACGAAGGAUUUUAUCGAAUAUACGACCGGAAUGGCGAGUGGCCCAGUUGAAUACCAGGUUAUCCCGAAGGAGGCCUGGUCGAUCCCGAAGUCAAUCAAUACAACUAUUGUCAAGCAGGAGAUGGCCGAAAUGACUAGACAAAAUAUUAUUUAUGGUGGUUCGCUGUCUUAUCGCCACAUGUGUCGCUUCAAUUCAGGGUUUUUCUACAACAUGGAGGUUAUGAAGAAAUAUGACUGGUACUGGCGCGUAGAGCCAGGUAUUGAGCUCUACUGCGACAUUGAAUACGACCCCUUCACCUUUAUGCGCACUAAUAAUAAGAUCUACGGCUUCGUCAUCACUAUGUACGAAUUCGAAGCCACAAUCAAGACACUCUGGUCUCGGACUAAGGAGUCCGAGGCGUACACCAAAUAUUUCGAGUUCCUUGAUAGCGCUGGUGGGUUCUUCUACGAGAGAUGGGGCGAUGCCCCAGUUCAUUCGUUAGGCGUGGGAUUGUUCGCGCCUAAGGAUAAGAUCCACCAUUUCGCGGACUUUGGAUACUCGCAUCCGCCGUGCUCAAGGUGUCCACAGGACGACGAGAGCCACAAGUCCGGACGUUGCUACUGCAACAGGGCGGUCAACUUUGACACCAACUCAUACAGUUGUAUGCCAAGGUGGUGGGAUGUUGCCGGUAUCAACAAAGGUGCUAAGCGCCUUAAUACCUAA